AUGAAUGACAAUGGAUGUAUACAUUUGAGUAAUUUUAAAGCUGCGAAAGGAACAAAUCCGUACAAAAUAGUGCACGCUUUUUUUGUGUCAUGCACAUCCUACGAAGCAAGGAGAUACAAGGCGACAUCAUGCUUAUGCUUCUCUUGUGGACAGACAGGGCCACGGAUGCAUUCAUGUCUCCACUGUAUUUAUUUUGCUUGUUAUGGGGGACAUGUGCUGGAUCAUUCCAAGGCUAAAAAACAUUUCUUAUACGUGGAUUUAAGCUAUGGAAACAUAUACUGUGCGCAGUGUCAAGAUUACAUCUAUGACAGAGAAUUCACUGAUAUUUCUAGAGCACUGCGUAUGAAGGAAUCUAAGUCCUUGGGGAUCAGUGUGCCAUUUACCCCAUGGCUACCUAACGCCAAUGAAGCAAUGGCUCUUCGACGGAUGAGAAAACGACGCCUAAUUAGUCCUCACACUACGAUCGGAUUGAGAGGUUUACAAAACCUUGGAUCCACUUGCUUCAUGAACUGUAUUGUUCAGACUUUAAUACACACGCCCCUUCUACGCGAUUAUUUUCUAGGCGAGAAACACAAAUGCAAAACUCAAGGAUCGGGGAAAUGCCUCGUUUGCGAAGUUUCAAAACUAUUCCAGGAGUUCUACUCGGGCGCCAAGACGCCGCUGACGCUGCACCGCCUGCUGCACCUCAUCUGGACGCACGCGCGCCACCUGGCGGGCUACGAGCAGCAGGACGCGCACGAGUUCUUCAUCGCCACGCUCGACGUGCUGCACAGACACUGCAUGAAUGGCGUUGAAGAUACUGAAAAGAAAGAAAACGGACGUUGCAAUUGCAUCAUUGAUCAGAUAUUCACGGGGGGCUUGCAAAGUGACGUCGUCUGCACUUCCUGCUCGGGAGUGUCGACGACCAUCGACCCAUUUUGGGAUAUAAGCCUGGACGUCGCCGGCCCGGGGUCCCUCCAAGCUUGCCUGGAGCGCUUCACCAGGGCCGAACAUCUGGGCUCGGCAGCCAAGAUAAAGUGUUCAAACUGUCGAGCCUACCGCGAAUCGACGAAGCAAUUGACUCUGGAAACAUUGCCAAUAGUCGCAAGUUUCCACCUCAAGCGUUUUGAACACUCGUCGCAAAUCGAUCGAAAGAUAUCAGCGUUCGUGUCGUUUCCUGCCGAACUCGAUAUGACACCGUUUAUGUCGACGCACAGGCGGGCGGUCGAUGCGGUCGACAACAACAACGCGCCCGAGGGUAUCUUCGAAGAUAACCGCUACUCGCUGUUCGCUGUCGUCAACCACCUGGGCUCGCUGGACGCCGGCCACUACACCGCCUAUGUGAGGCAGAUGAAAGGGAGUUGGUUUAAGUGUGACGACCAUAUGAUUACUAGGGCGUCUCUGCGCGAAGUUUUGGACAGCGAAGGGUAUCUUCUCUUCUACCACAAGACGGUUUUAGAAUAUGAAUGUGAUGUCUCGUAA